AUGGCGACCUCGCGCUUUACUCCCGCCGAACGAGGGAGACAGAUGGCGUCCCCACGACCCAAAACACGAGACUCCAAGGAUACCCUGUGUCGCAACAUUCUAAUUUAUGGCAAAUGUCGGUACGAGAACCAAGGUUGUGCCUUCAACCAUGACCAAAAUAAGGCCGACAGCUUCGAGAACAGCAUGAAGAAAUCACUCAACGUCGACUCGCCUGCCUUCACACCUGCUCAGCUCCAGUCGGGCACCAAGAAGUUCACGUUUUCGUCGCAGACGGUUAACGCCACGCCCUUCACCCCCAAGGGCGGCGCUCAAGAUGGAGAUGUCUCUGGCGGUGGUGUCUUCAACCCUGCUGCCAUCAGGGAGUUUACUCCACAGGUCCCCCAGAACUAUGACCUGCACGCGACUGGAACCACAAAUGGCGUCACACCUGAGGCAAGUGGCUCCGUCCAUGACCCUUUCUUCGCCAUGAGCUCCAUGGCGCAGACAUUGCCUGCAGCCCAAUACAACCCAUAUGCAGAGGACCAAAAUCACCUUGCCGCAGCUGGCGGCUCGUACUACACGUCUCAGACCGGAUACACAGCCCCUAUGCAGCCUCUGCAAUACCACCUCUAUGCCCCAACCGGUCCCUACAAGCAGGACCUCACUCCAUACCAACGACAGCCACACGACUUCUUUUUGCGCGAGGAUAUCAGGGAGGAAUUGCACAAGAAGGCCGAUGCUACCAGACAGGUUUUGCCCAAUUCACAACUUCCAACUGUCAGCAAUCACUACCAUAGCCUUGUUCCAUUGGACACCCCGAGGUCUGGCGCCAAUUUCUUCGGCAACUACGUUAGCUGGGUCUACAAGGCAACUUCCAAGAAAAAUGGGCAUACAUAUUGUCUCAGGAGACUACAAGGUCUUCGCUUGAACAACGUAGAGUCGGUCAGGGGAAUCCAAAGUUGGAAACGUAUAAGUAAUGGCAACGUUGUAUCGGUCAUCGAGUGCUUUACGUCGAGGGACUUUAGUGACAACUCUCUCGUCUUCAUACACAACUACCACCCACUGUCGAAGACCCUCGCAGAGCAUCAUUUCAACACAGCUCAAGGGAGCCGGUAUACGCGACAAUUCUCAGUCCCCGAAAGCAUUCUGUGGAGCUAUAUAUGUCAGAUUUGCAAUGCACUCAAGGCUAUCCACGCCGAAAAGCUUGCGGCGCGCUGUAUCGACGCCAGCAAAGUCAUUCUUACAGACAAGAACCGCGUACGACUCGGAGGCUGUGCCAUCCUCGACGUGUUGGAUUACGAGUCCACGCAGCCAUUGGUGGAUAUGCAACAGGAAGACUUCAUUCAACUUGGAAGACUAAUUCUGAGCAUCGGCACAAACACACCAGCUCUCGGCAGUCCACAGACUGUCAUUCCACAGAGCGCUCUUGAACAAUUUGGUCGCACUUACUCUGUAGAACUCAGAGAGCGGGUGAUCUGGCUUCUUUCCCGUCCGUCGCCUCAAGAAACGGCACAGAAGAAUAUACUUGAACUGGCAUGCGGCCUAUCUAGCCAUUUUGUCGACUGCUUCGACACGUCCCUGCACGCGCAGGAUGAGGUCAAUUCCAACCUCAUGAGGGAGCUCGAGAACGGCAGAAUAGCCCGACUGGUGAUGAAACUCGGCACCAUCAACGAGCGCCCCGAGUUUGACAACGACCCUAGCUGGUCCGAGAACGGCGAACGCUAUCAGCUCAAGUUGUUCCGCGAUUACGUUUUCCACCAGGUUGAUAGCAGCGGGCAUCCAGUGUUAGACCUGGGACACAUGAUCAGCAGUCUGAACAAACUCGAUGCAGGUAUCGAUGAGCGAAUCCAUCUCGCCAGUCGUGACAACCAGACCGUGUUCGUUGUCUCGUACAAAGAGUUAAAGAAAAUGGUGGCAAACUGCUUCAACGAGCUCGCGAAGCCACAUGGAAAGCAGGCCAGUCGAGGGUUUUAG